UAUCUAUUCUGGACACUCGUGGGCUGCUGCUGCUGCUGCAGCUACUGCUGCUUGAGCAUGCUACUUGAGUACUGUACUCUCAUCAGUCGUUGAUUCCGAGGGCGCGUCGUGCUCGUAAGCUGAGAAGACAGGAUGGAUCAAGUCAAGGUUCUACUAUUUGACUGCUUCGGGACCCUCAUAGACUGGGAACGAGGCAUGUACGAAAACAUCGGUCCUCUUCUUGAGCAAAAAACAUGCCCAACCGUCGAAGAAGUCAUCACAUCGCUUGUCAAUGAGCAGACGCCGAUCCAGAAUGCAGAUAAGACGAUGCCAUACCCUAUUGUUCUUCAGGAAUCCUACCGUCAGCUGAUUGCAAAGUUCCGACUACACUAUGAUCAAGACGACGCAGAGGCAUUAGGCGAUUCCGUGACGAGCUGGCCAGUGUUUUCAGAUACUGGUGAUUGCCUGGCGAGGCUGAGGGAUUUGGGGCUCAAGUUGGUCAUUUUGACCAAUGUAGACGGGGAUAGUUUUGACCAAUUGCAACAGACGCUGGAAGAAUGCAGUGGUAUCAAGUUUGACGCCAUCUACACUGCGGAUGAGAUCGGGAGUCAUAAACCUGAUCUGAGAAACUUUGACUACGCCCUGAACGAUCUAUCAGAGAGCUUCAAUGUGUCUCGAGGCCAAGUCCUCUGCGUGGCACAGAACAAGCUGAUAGAUAUCGAGCCGGCCAACAAAAUUGGUAUCCGUUGCGCGAGAAUCAAUCGCCCAGGCGUCCUUACAGGGCACCGGGGAUCUAUAGAUUAUACAAAGGCCGAUUUUGAAUUCGCCAGUCUGGAGGAAUUUACAGAGGAGAUGGAGAGGGUACAUGAUGGUGUCUAGGGGAUGAGAGAACGGCAGGAAUACCAUGGUUGUCAGCUGUAGCGUAUAGAGUACGAUGAUCUAUGUAUAUGUUGUGUCAGUACGUUGCACAAUAUCAAUCCCGCCGUCGCCCUCGGUCACUUUGGAAAAUCAUUUUUACGUCAACCGCC